AUGGAAUGUUUAGUUUGUGAAGAUGGAGAGCUUCAAAGUAAAGAAUUAGUUACUUUGAUUCCAUGUGGAGAUGUGAUGUGUUCAAACCAUCAACUAAAAGAAAACAAACUUUGUUUUUUGUGUGAUCAACCAGUAGAGAGAAUACAGGUUUUAAAGCUACGAUCCAAGAGACAAAGAGUUGAAGGUCCUGAUUUAGACAGUUCACCUACUUUUAUGUCAUUUUCAUUCGGAUCAUCCAUUGCCGAAACAUCAACCAUGUCGAGCAUCUCUACAUCAGCACCAUCCAAUAUUUUGGAUCGUUCGUUGUUAUCCAAAAAGGAUACAAUCCAAAAGAGAGUUUGUCCACAGCACGACGACCAGUUACUUAGCUACUUUUGUCUGAAUCCCGGUUGCCAGAUUGGAAUGUGUGGUCAUUGCAUGGUUGACAAGCACAAUGGACAUGAAAUCAAACGUUUCACAGAUGAAACACUGGAUCAAAUUAGAGAGAUUGGUCAGAAGACGAAACUAGAACGUGAAGCAAAGCAAGACGUUUUAUUUCAACUGGUCGAUCUCCAAAAAUCUGGAUUGCAUCAUCUCAACGCCAAAAAAGAAUUCUUUGAUAAAUACAUCGAUCAACUUUGCAAUGGUAUCAAGGAUUCAAUGCUUGGCUACUCCAAUAAGCUAUUUAAACCGGUAACUGAUGAGCUCCAAACGAAUUAUGAUGCCAACAAGAAACACACCGCCACUUUAUCCAACAUGUGCAAUCUUACAGAGUAUGAGCAAUCCACUGACCAGUGUUUGAGAAAUUCAAUCUUUGACUUUAUCGAUUCGAUCAGUACAACCAAACAAUGGAACAAUGUAGCUAUUGAUCACGAUCAAUUCGUACUGGAGCUUGCCAACUCUAGACUCACUUGGAAUGAGGUCGAUGAUAUGCUUUCAACUACCAUUAAAAGUUUCCAAAAGAGAGUGGAGGGACCGGCCAAAAAGAUUGUCAAAACUGACCAUAGCACAAAAGAUGGUGAAUUGAAAUUGACUAUCGACAGCCAUUGUGAAUUGGUCUCAGUUUCUGUGGUUCCCGACUACCCUUCAAAAGUGGAAAUCACUAGAUUUUCACUUGGAACUGGAAACGAGAUUGAUUCCACUUUUAAAUCGGUUGGCUUUGACAUUCAGGGAAAGAUCGAUGUCAUAUGCAACAACGGUUUAAUUAGCAUUCUCUGUCAUGCUGAAAAUCAAAUUGUUCAACUCCAAUGGGACCAAAAGAAGAAACCAACACCCAAACCAUUGGUUAAAGGCAAAGAUACUUUAGUUUCAAAGGCAUUCAAUACUUUUAUGGUUGAAGGUGAAAAUCAUUACUCCUUUUCAUUCAAUUUCUUUACCAACAGCAACACUGCUAUGAAAAAGUUAUGUCCAGACUCAGAGGUUGCCGAUACCAAUAGUAAAAUUACUGAAAUCACCGAUAACAGUGGUACCAAUAACUUGGAUAGUGACAUGCCUACACUCAACUCUGAUAACUCAAGUUCAAUAACAUUCGAUUCAACAACAACAGCAACAACUGAGCGAGUUCAAACUCCAAUGUCACUGAAUGAUCUUGACAAAUCAAUUACCGGCUCUCCAAUGGUUUCAAAACCCACCAGAUACAGAUCAAAUCUUGUCAACGGUAUGGAUUCUGGUUCUAUUCUCGAUAUUUUUUCAUUAUCCGAGACUAGUCCUUUAGCGUCAAUGAUUGGCGAAAUCAACGAAGCAUGCUUUGAAUCGAACCAACUUACAAAUCCCCUUGCUGAUACGCCAACCUUUGAAACAGCCACUACUUUGACAUCCACAGAAUCAAAUCAAGUUGCUACAGAUACUCCAAUUGAGCAAAACACACCAACAUCUACCUCGGUUCUAUUGAAUGAGAAUGGUUACUCUGUCCAGCAGAAACUCAUUUAUCCUUCGGAUGACGAUACCGUUGGUUAUAAUUUGUGUGGCAUUCCUUACUUUGUCGAGUGCAACACCAGCUUUGACGACUCGCUCUCUAACCUCUACAAAGGAACCGAAUGUUCAUCCACGUCUCCAAACACCGAGUCUUGCAAAUACAGAGUAUGUCUUGCCAGAUUCUACCAUGAGAACACCAAGUAUCUCUAUCUUCUUUGGAAUGACAAGUUCGAACGUAUCAAGCUCACCCCCAAGAAAGAAAGAAACACUUCCAUCGAGCAAACCUGUACAAAUCAAUUCAAGUGUGAAACAUUGAGUACCAACCCAAUCGUAGCCAGUCUCUUUGCAGAGUUUAACCAGUCACUUCCGAACGUCACAGAGCAAUCAUUCCAAAAGCUGAUCUUACCAUACACCUACAUCGAAGAACUCAAUCAACUCUACUUCCUACACGUGGACAACAAGAACCGUCCUGUCGUUCUCUCUUUCCACUUGGAGCAUCUCGUUUGGCUAAGCAAUCCAUUCCCAUUCAAAGGCAGUGAAAGCAGCUCAUACUCUCUCUACGUGAAUCAUGAAGAUGAACCUGAAGAAACUGCUGACGAGACCACCACCACAACCACCGCAGCAGCAACAGCAGAACCAACUACUACUACCGCUCCCAAACCCACGCAACCCUCUCCAACCAGAUCGUUCGGUAGUACAUCAUCUAGUUUUAUCUCACCAUACCCAACCAAAUCAAAAACUAUGAUGAUGGCUAGUCCAUCUCCAUACAAGUCUCGCAAUCAAAACUCACCUUUGCCAUCAUUCAAAAGUCCAGUGUACAUACCGAUCUCACCUGUGAGUCCUAUGAAAAAGAGUACAUCCAACAAAGUAGGAGGAGGUAGAUUAUCAACAGCACUUCAUGAAAUCGAUCAAAAUGUAGUAGCUUCGCCAACCGCCAAACCCAAGAGAACUAUUAAACGUUCAAAUGUCUAUGAUGAGAUAACAGCAGCACCAGCUCCAAAGAAAAAAACAGUCGCCAAAAGAAAACAAAAUUAA